GGUUUUAUGAUAUCCUAAAUCUAAAAAACGCGGAGUAGAAUGUUUUGUAACUGUAGUUAGCGGGAGUUGACUUCGCUGGAAGUAAGUGCUCUGGCUGUUUUAAGGUGGAUUUGAUGGAGUUAAAUCUGUAAUGCAGGUUGGGGUGUGCUCAAUUUUUAUUAAUUUGAUUCUGGGUAGGUUGUGUUUGGCUGUAGAGGUUUUUGUUUUAAUAUAAAAAAUUCAGUUUGUUACAUGCGGAAUUGGAUUGAGUAGAGAGUAUCUAUGGUGGAUGUGGAUGAUGAUGAAAAAGUAGAGAUUUUUAGAGGAUUUUAAGGACUUGGGCAAUUCAUGCAAUGGAAUUUGUCACUACCCACAUGCAGAUGUAGAUCAUCGUUUUCCAGGAGUUUAACUUAAUUUUUCUCCUCCGGAAUUCUCCUUUAAAUCCAUUUUUCUCUGUGCAGAGUGCCUGGGGACGAGAGGAUAACUUAUAAGAUGAGUCACAAUACAGUAGGUUUAUGGUUUCCAAGAAGAUGAGAUGAAGAUACCAUAAUUGGCGCUUAAUUUCAUCUCCACCGCUGGUUAUAUCUGGUGCCCCAACAAAAAUCAUAACAUAGAGGGUAAUUAUGGUGGCUAAGAUGAUCAGGUGGAGACCUUGGCCUCUUCUGGUUACCAAGAAGUAUCAGCUUAACUUGGUUCUGCAUAGCCUGGAAGCUCUUGGUGGUGGUGAAGAUGAGAAUGGCGGGUUGAAGGAGAGUUCCAAAUUGAUGGCCCUUAUUAAAUGGGAAGGUCCAAGGAGGAAAUUGGGUUAUAGGUUUAGAAGUAUACAGAAGAACUGCACAAGUUUUCAUGGUAUUGGAGAUAAUGGAAUUGUGGAAUGGGAUGAGAUUUUUGGCCAUGUUUGUGUCCUUACUCUGCUUAAGGACAAUGCCUUCAAUAGGUGGGAUGUUCGAAUUCAGAUCAUCACUGAUGUUUUAGAGGAAUCAAAAACCAGACAAUCUGUUGUUGGAACAGCUUUGCUGAACCUUGGAGAUUUUGCUUCACCAUUGAAAAGCACGAAGGAGACCACCAAGAUUCCCAUAUCUUGUUGCAUUGGAGGUGUCACAAAAGAAGCAGCGCUUGUGCUCACUCUAGAUUUUGAGGAACUUCAAACAACGGAGAUAGCAUUUGACCCCGUUCAGCGGCUUUUGAUUCCUUUGUCAUGCAUAAAAGGGCCUUGUAUCGCAGAUGCAGAUUUUAUCGAAGAACCUACAAAGAGAUCGGAGAAGGAUUCUUCAGAUGAGGAUGGGAGUAAUUUUUCCAAACGGUCACCACUCAGUAGUGAAGAAUGUGAAAGUCCUGAAUUAUAUGACUCGGAUUUAAUUGAUGAUUGUGAAGAUGUUGUAGUUGAGGAAGGAAGCGUUUCAACCUUUUACGGGACCUUUAGUUAUGAUACUCUUGCCGCAGUCAAUCUUUUGGCUGCAGCUGUGUGUCUAGAUUGCAAGGAAGAUCACCUUGGGGAGAAUGAACUCGUUCUUCCUAAACUCACUGAAGAGACAUCUUCCUCAGAUUCAGAUCCUGCUACUCCACCAGUUUUGAAGCGCAGCCUUCUUUCUUGGAAAGCUAGGAAGUUUGGUUUUAAAUCACCAAGAGCAAAAGGAGAACCACUGCUGAAUAAAGCAUGUAGAGAGGAAGGUGGAGAUGAUAUUGAUCUUUUUCGUAGACAGCAAAGUCCUCCCUAUGGCGCUUUAUAUCAGGAUAGUGAAAAUGAAGCAAAAUCAAACUUUUCUGCCUUUGGAGAUGACCAAUUCACCAUAGGCAGUUGGGAAUGGAAAGAGCUGGUCAGUAGAGAUGGACAAAUGAAGCUGUCAACACAGGUAUUUUUUGGCUCGAUUGAUCAGCGUAAUGAACGAGCAGCAGGGGAGAGUGCUUGCACUGCUUUGGUAGCUGUCCUUGCUCAUUGGUUGCAUAGGAACCCAAAUUCUAUGCCAGUCAAAUCACAAUUUGACAUGUUGAUCAGAGAAGGAUCGCAGGAAUGGAGGAAGCUUUGUGAUGUGGAGGAUUACAAGGAGAGGUUUCCUGACAGACAUUUUGAUUUGGACACAAUAUUGCAAGCUAAGGUACGCAGCCUUUCUGUUAUUCCAGAAAAGUCCUUUGUUGGCUUCUUCAGGCCUGAAGGUCUCCAAGAUUCUUUUGACUUCUUGCAAGGGUGUAUGUCCUUUGAUGACAUUUGGGAUGAAAUCACUAAUGCUAGUAAUGUGAAAGCUGAAGAUGAGAAGCAGCAUAUAUACAUAGUUAGUUGGAAUGACCACUUUUUUGUUCUCAAGGUAGAGAAGGAUUCUUUCUACAUAAUUGAUACACUUGGGGAAAGAUUAUUUGAAGGGUGUAACCAAGCCUAUAUUUUAAAAUUUGAUAAGGAGACAGCAAUUUAUCAGCUGCCAGCAAAAGACCAACAGAAAGGAGAAGAAAGUAGCACAGUUUCAACGUCUACUACUGCAAAAGACUCAAAAAAUGCAUUGUUGAAAGAUUCAAAAUCCAUAGUAGUAGCAGAAGGUAAUGGGAAAUCCUCGACUGCAAAGAAUUUGAAACUUUCAAUGCCAAAAGAUUCAAAAUCUAUUGUUCCAAAAGAUUUAAAACCUACGGCAGUUAUGGAAUUGAAAUCUGCCACAGAAGAGGAUCAGACAUCUUUAACAGCAAAGGACUUGAAAACUUCAAAGGCAGAAGGUUCAAAAUCUCCAUCAGCAGGCAGUACAAAUCAACAGCAUCAAGACAAUUCAAUAACUCAAGCUAGAGACACAAGGGAACUUGAGGUAUUGAAUAAUAUAGAGAAUGAGAAUAAGCUGAUUUGUAAAGGAAAAGAAUCUUGCAAAGCCUUUAUUAACGGGUUUUUGGCAGCUUUACCACUCAGACAACUGCAAGUAGAUUUGGAAAAGGGUUUGUUGGGAAAGAUCCCAUUGCAUAAGCGCCUGCAAAUUGAGUUUCAUUAUACAGCUGAGUAACAACUUUCUACUUUUGACAUGGCUUCCCACUAUAUACAUACCAUUGAUGGUACAUUCAUAGAAGGAUGUUUGACAUUUUGAUUUGAUAUUUUAGUUAACCUUGACAAAAUAUUAUAUAUGUACAUGUUAUAGAUUUUGUUCUAUUUUAGUGUGUCUCAAAAUUUUGAAAUUAGAAAGAACAAUCAUCUUUUUAGCAGUUGCUUCUGAAAAGGAAACAGGGAAGCAACUUGGGUAGUUUCUGGAUUUAACUUACCAUGACCAUUACAAGGUUUUAUGUUUACGAGCAUAUAUCAGACUCAGCAUAUGGUGAACAUCCAGGCAGUACAAAUUGGACGUUGGUUUUGAAGUCAAUGACAGUUUUGCAAAAUAUUUGUACUCUCAAACCUGUCCUGCCAAUCUCAAAAAAGAUGAUUGCUCCAUUUGUAAGGGAAAGUUCUCCUGUACAGAGUUUUACAUUCUAAAAUAAUAUGCUGACAUGUUCUCUGAAAUUGAGAUUUGUACAGCCUCCCAUGACAAUGCUUGUAAAGCCAAGGCAACAAUGCUUGUUUGGCCAAGCCAACAAUGCUUGUAAAGCCAUGGCAUUUGAGUGAUGACUGUAAUAGCAAGAUAACUUUUUCUA